AUGGUCAACAUGAUGGGGUGCCGCCAUCUCGAAAACUCGGUCCAGAAGAAACCUCAACAAGGAGCGAAAGACAGGAUGCCACGUCGGGUCAACGUCGUAGCUGCGGCCAGCUAUGUCCGUAAAAUCUUCGAGAGCAAACGGCUUGCCUACAGUAUCAUGGGCGGAUUCCAGAUGUCUUGCUUGGGCAAUGGGCGUGAAGUAUCAGACGUACAGAUUGCCUAUGACGACAGAGACUUUGACCGCAUCAAGAAGAAGCUCGAGGCAGACCCACGUGUCCAACUUCCUGCGGGCAUGAACCCAUUGACCCCGUCCAAGAUACUGGUUCAAACAGGACCCCGGUUUAAGGAUAUAGCAUGCACUGGCUCCGUAACAAUCGAAGUCUAUCUGCUGCCACCAGGUGAGUAUUUUUGCAAGCUUGCGGUGAUUACAAACUAA